AUGCCGUCUUCAAAAUCUGAACACGAACACAAUCAUAAUCAUGAUCAUAAUCAUGAUCAUCAUAGUAAACGUCUAGUAUUGCGAACAAAAACUUUUCGUUUAUUAUCAAUGCUUUUUUUAACAUUUGGAUAUUUUGUUGUCGAACUUGUUGUUGGUAAUAUAACAAAAUCGGUUGCACUUAUUGCUGAUUCAUUUCAUAUGCUAUCUGAUGUAAUAUCACUUGUUAUUGGACUAACUGCUGUUAGAUUUGUCAAACGUGGAUCAGAUGUUAAUACAUAUGGAUGGGUACGUGCUGAAGUUGUAGGUGCAAAUAUAAAUACAGUUUUUCUUCUUGCACUUUGUUUAACUAUUGUAUUUGAUGCUAUUAAACGUUUUGUUGAUCCAGAACCAAUUGAAAAUGUUAAUUUAUUACUUAUUGUUGGUUCUGUUGGUUUAGGAGUAAAUAUUAUUGGUUUAUUAUUAUUUCAAGGUUUUCAUGGACAUUCUCAUGGAGGUCAUUCACAUGGUGAUAAAAACAUAAAAUCAAAUGAAAAUAUUCCACCAGAAGUAUUUUAUGAUGGUUCAACUAGAUUUGAAAGACAUAGUACACGAGCUUUACAAGAAGUUAUUGAAGAAUGCUCAAGUCAAAUAGAUGAAUAUUCAAAUGAUACAGUUAUUGAAAUGGAUAAUAAAGAUAAGGAUGACACGAAAAACAAACCACAAAAAAAAGCAUCAAUGAAUAUGCAUGGAGUAUUUUUACAUGUAUUAGCUGAUGCUCUUGGUUCCGUGGUUGUUAUAAUAAGUGCUUUAAUAAUAAAAUUUGUUCCACAUAAUCAAGAAGAUAAGAAACAUUGGACUGUUUAUAUUGAUCCAAUGUUAUCAGUGAUAAUUGUUAUCAUAAUAUCAAUUUCUACAAUUCCACUUUUUCGAGAUACAUCUGCAAUUUUACUUCAACAAAUUCCUAAAAAUCUUGAAAUUCAUCGAAUUAAAACAAAAUUAUUAGAAGCUAUUCCUGAAAUUCGUAGUAUUCAUGAAUUACAUGUUUGGCGUUUAACAGAUGAGAAAAUCAUUGCUAGUGCACAUUUACAUCGAAAAACUUUAUCAAAUUAUAUGUUGGUUGCUGAAAAAGUGAAAGAUUUUUUUCAUUCAAUUGGUAUACAUUCUUCAACAAUGCAAUAUGAAUGUGAUGAUGAUCAUCAAACACCAUUAUUACGUCGAAAUACGAAUAGUCAAUCAAAAAUAGCUGGUGAUUGUUUGUUACGUUGUGAAAAUAAUGCAUGUGAUACUCAAACAUGUUGUCCAAUAAAAUUGGUUCGUUCAAAUGCAUUAUUAAAUACUAAUGACAAUACUUUGCAAGUAUUUUCUAUUACUGGACCACAAUCAAAUCCUAAUCCUUUACAAACUCAAGUUUCAACUGAUACUUCAACUGAAAGUGAAAAACUUUAG